UAGAUUUUGUUUUAUAAUUUGCGAAUUGCAGUAACCUGUGGUGUAUCAUGAACAAUGGUGGGGUGUUUCAUAACCUUGUCGACGUACUCGUUAUACCUUUAAUAGACAGUAUGACUGAAAUUAUCUAUAGUUGCAAGUCAGGGACGUUAUAACGAAUUUAAAAAUAAUUUUAGAUCCAAUUGAGAAAUUUUUAAAUAUAUUAGUAGUACUGUUUUAUAAGUAAUCCAAGGAAUGGCGUUAGUACGUAAAUUUCAUCAACUGUCAAAGUCAAUUUUAAUUUUAAAUUCAACGCCCGUAAAAUCUGUAAAAAAUAUUCCAGUAGCUUCAUUCGUACGAACAUCGUCAACGUCUCAACCGCUUUCAGAAAAACAAGAAGUAAAUAUAACAUUCGUUAGAGCUAGCGGUGAAAGGAUAAAAGCGAAAGGCAAAGUGGGAGAUACGAUUUUGGAUAUAGUCGUAAAUAACGAAGUUGAUUUGGAUGGUUAUGGUGCUUGCGAAGGAACACUAACUUGUAGUACUUGUCAUUUAAUUUUUCCUAAGGAAGUGUAUGAUAGUCUACCUGAUAAACCUACAGACGAAGAAUUAGAUAUGCUUGACCUAGCAUAUGACUUAACCGAUACAUCCAGAUUAGGGUGUCAGAUAGUCAUGACAAAAGAAUUAGAUGGCAUUGAAGUGAAGGUUCCAACCACGAUCAAUGAUGCACGAGCCUGAUGUGGUUGAUUCGUAGUUCCAUUGUGUCCAUAUGAAGUAAAUCAAUAGAAACGCCAAUAAUACCAAAUGU